AUGCUCUGUUUCAGACCCCAAACCUCUGCCCUCUUGAUCUUUCACCUGCUUCUGUUCUUAAUCGUUGCCUCCAAUGGGCAGCAACAGCAGCAGCAGCUCCAAUUGGGAUUCUACUCUCAGAGUUGCCCUGUCGCCGAAGUUACAGUCCGUGUCGCGGUCAAACAAGCCGUGGAAGCUGACAAGUCCGCCGCCGCCCGAUUGCUCCGCCUCUCCUUCCACGAUUGCUUCGUCGAGGGAUGUGAUGGGUCGAUUUUGCUGGAGACCGGCGACGGCGAGAGGCAGGCGCCGGGGAAUGCAGGGCUCGGCGGUUUCAAUGUGAUUGAAACGGCCAAAUCGCGGCUGGAGUCGCUCUGCCCGGGUGUCGUCUCUUGCGCGGACAUUCUGGCUUUAGCUGCCAGAGAUGCUGUUGCAUUGAGCAACGGACCGAACUAUGACGUGCCGACGGGGAGAAGGGACGGCAGAGUUUCCAGCCGGAGCCUCGCCAACAAUUUGCCAGAUGUCAAUGACCCAAUUGAAGUUCUCACAUCGAAAUUCCGUGCCAAGGGAGUGUCCAUCAAGGAUUUCGUGCUUCUCAGCGCAGGGGGGCACACAAUUGGGACGACGGCCUGCUUCUUCAUGCCCAAAAGGCUCUACAACUUCACCGGCCGCAGCGAUUCUGACCCGGCCCUAAAUCCACAGUUCCUGCCGCAGCUUAAGUCGAAGUGUCCUCCCGGCGGCAACGUCAACGACAGGCUGGCUCUCGAUUGGUCGUCGGAGUUCGCAUUUGACGACCACAUCCUUGGCAACAUCCUGAACGGGUCCGCCGUCCUGGCGUCGGACGCGCGGCUGGUGGACGAUCGGGGAGCCAAGCAAGUGCUGGAGUCCUACGUCGGAGGAAGCGAGAAGAAGACGACGACGUCGUUUGGGGCGGAUUUUGCUGAGGCGAUGGUUAGGAUGGGGAAUAUCGAGGUCAAAACGGGAUCGCAGGGAGAAAUCAGAAAAAUAUGUAGCAAAGUCAAUUAA